AUGUCAUCCCGCCUCGACCAAGUUAUCAAGGGCGCUCCAAGCACCGCCGCCCUGUCCCUGUCCCCGACCAGCACCCCAUCCCCGCCUCUUGAAUCCCAAUACCACUUUCAGCAGCAGCAGCAGCAGCAGCAGCAGCAGCAGCAGCAGCAACAAGGGCAGCAACAAGGGCAUCCGACGUCCCAAGAAGAUCCUCCCAGCCCUCUCACCGUUGCUCCUGACCCCCUCUCCACCCUGCCCUCCUCGCCGCCGCAAAUCUACCUAAAUCUGCUCAUCCUCGAAACCUCCCUGCGCUCCCAAUACCUCGCUCUCCGUGCCCGCCGGCAGCAAAACACCUUCUUCAUCCUCCUCCUCGCCCUCUGGAUCGCCUAUUUCUCCUACGCGCUCUUCCUGCGCCCUCGCGAAGAUGGCCGCGGAGUCGGCGGCUCCGUCUACUGGGUGGUCGAGAUGGCCGAGAAAGUGGCAUUGAUGGGCGGUGUGGUGACUGGCGUGCUGAUAUGGGGGACAGGGCAGUGGGAAAGGGGCGUGCGGUGGCCGCGACGCUGGCUAGGCGUUGCCAACCGCGGACUAAGAGGCAUGAAUACUAAGAUUGUGGUGUUGAGGGGCCCCUGGUGGAAAGAGGCGUGGUCGUAUCUGGCUUUUCUAUUCCCGUUCCCCUACGAGGUGUUUUUCCCGUCGACGUUUCACUACGUGGAGUCUACGGCGGGUCUUUCUUCUUCUUCUUCUUCUGGCAAUGGUGGUGGUGCGGCGCGAGCACGCGAAGAUGGCGGGCGGCUGGUUUUGGUGGAUGAGGCUCCUGUGGGCGCCAAAAACACUACCUCUGCCGGUAUUAUCGACUACUUCGUCUGCGGGGAGGAGGCCCACGACGCCUUCUGGGGGUAG